CUGUUACAAAACGUGGCGCCAAAUAACAAUCACAAUUUCACACUUUCAAAAUAUCAGGAGAGAGAGAGAGAGAGAGAUGGAGUUGCAGUGCUGCGGAGAAUAUGAAGCAGAAAGGCGGAAGUGCAAGAGCAAGCCACUGACGAUACAAAAGUACCUCGAUUUCUGUGAAUACCACAAGCAUUCCGAUCUCACCGCCGAUCAUCUUAGAAAGAUAAUCAGCAUUCAUGGAUUCAAAUCGCUGCGGAAAGUUAAAAAGGAGGUGCUGAUUGAUGCGGUAGACUCAAUUAAGCUGAUGGAUCUGACUCGUUCCACUAUCAAUGAUGAUACCGUAUCUUCAUACGCGUUUAUCACUUCUGAAGAGGCGAUCAAGGACCUAAUCUGCCUUAACUGGAUUGAAUGCUCUGUGACUUCCUUUAAAACAUUGAACUCCGACUUGACCAGUCUUCAGAAUGCUGGUACCUUUGGUUCGAAAACGUUAGCAAUGAAAAAGAAGCGGGCAAAGAUGAUCAAACCAAAGGAAGGAAUUCAACCAGUCUGCUCGUUGGCCUCUGGUGAUCAGUGUUCUGUUGCUAAGGGGAGCAUUGGUGAUUGUGCUGCUGCUGAUCAUGUCAGUCCGUCUUCUUUGUUGCCUGAGGAGGGUGGAGAACGACCUACACGCAAACGACAAGCACCGGGAAGAUUGGAAGGUUAUGUGAGGCUCUGAUAGGUCGAAUUCCAAAAGAGAAGAAAAGCAACAAUUAGCCAAGUAGUAAGGAUAUAUGGUGCUCUCUCUGUAUGUAUGCAUCACCUGUCAGUAGAACUCCAGCCAGUUUAAUACCUGUGAAUAGAAUUACUACUGUUUCCUCUUAUUCCACUUCAUAUCCUGGAGAGUUGCUUUCUUGAAAAAUUCGUUGUUUCCUAGACUAUUUCCUGUAUAUCAAUGAAGUUCAUUUACAUGUCAA